ACAGCUGGUGCUGACCAUCUUUAAUGAUAUAUGCUGGUUGUGUAAGCAGGGAGCUGAUGAUACCCUUAUCCAUGAAGGUUCAUGCAACUGUCACAUUGUUAUAAAUGGCUUAUCUUGGCUGUAAUAUGUCAUCAUCAUCAGUUCCCUGAACUCAGUUUGAGUAGAAGUAUGCAGUUUUAAUUCACGAUAUAUCCCAGUGCUGCAUUUAUUUUGUGUCCUUGGCUUAGCUAUAGGGCAGGAGAUAAAGAUUAGCUAUCCUAUCUUGAUAUUUCUAGAAGCCAGACUUGUCCCCUUUUUCUAGUGAAUUAAAACUGAAUUUUAAGAGUAUAGGUUUUCUACCCUGUACACUUUAGCACCCUUGCACAAUUUGGAUUGCAACGAAGAUGAGAAGGAUGUGCGAUUGAUGAAAUGUAUGUGGUCUGAGAGGCCCCAUCCCUUCCUGACCAUCAGUACAAGAACUUCUUCCUUUCUUAACGCAAUUAACAAUUCAGUGUCAAACCAACAGUCUCCAGAAACUAUUGAACAUGUCUCAGUGGACCUGCGUUUACUUAUAUGAAACAAAUACCAUUACCCAGUUGAGUACAGUGAAAUAUUCAAGGACUGAAGAGGUCUGAAAUGAAAUGGCGGCUGUGCAUGAAACCCCCAGGGAGGCCUAAUCUAGGCAGAGUGUGUUCCACACAGGAAAAGGGAAGUGUUCACCUAAUGCUGUGCUUCUGAAAAAAUACUUUUUUAAGUUACUCUUGCCUAACUUAAUUCAUGGGGCAUGCAUUUGUCAUUGUAAUUCUUCAUGCCAUUCACAUCUCCCCACUGCUUUUAUUGUACCUGAAAGAAAAGUGUUGUCUACAGCAUGUACCUUCUCUUCUAAUUAUUCUUUCCAUAUAAUAAUAUAGUAUAUGAACAGUUUUGCACAAAUAUGGCAUCAUUCAUAUUGGCUGCCUUUAUGGAGUAGUUUGUGUUCAUUGGUGGCUGUUGUGGGUGGCACAUGAAGUCACAAGAUGUCAACAUGUUUCCUGGUUCCUUGUUCAUUGAAAUACAUGCUUUACUGUCAGUGAAAUUCACUACAUCUUUCUUCGCUGCUCUGUCCUCUCUCCCAGGGGGAACAUUGCAGUGCAUGCCCUGGGCUCUUAUCCUGAAUCACGGUGUAGCUAUGGCAACAGGUUACCUGUGCGCCCUUCUUAUCCUCAUCCUGCUGGGGACCGCUGUUCCCUGGCAACACCCCGAGAGGCUACCUGUGGCAGCAGGACCCCCGCUGGAGGGCAGGCCUUUCACUGUGGUCUGGAACAUGCCUACAGCUCACUGCAAGGAGAGGUAUGGGAUAGACCUUGACCUGACAGACUUCGACAUCAUCGAGAACCAUCAUGAGAAAUUCCUGGGCCAGAACAUGACCAUCUUCUACCACAACAAGUUGGGCCUGUACCCGUACCUCUCAAAGGGGGGCGACGACGUCAACGGGGGCAUCCCCCAACGGGGUAACCUGAGAGCACACCUCGGCGAAGCCAAAUCGAAGAUUGAGGCUCUGCUGCUGCCCCUCUUCCACGGGCUGGCUGUAAUUGACUGGGAAGAGUGGCGUCCCCUGUGGGUACAGAACUUUGGUAAGAAGAGGAAGUACCAAGAGCUGUCAAAGGAGCUGGUGAGGGAGGAACACCCAGAGCUCUCCGGUGAGGAGGUGACGUUCCUGGCACGCAAACAGUUCAACAAGAGUGCCAGGGAUUUCCUGUUCUCCACCCUCCAGCUGGGUGUGCAACUGCGGCCGGCCGGAUCCUGGGGCUUCUAUGGGCUCCCAAGCUGUCCCAACUACCACAAGGCGCAGUCUCCCCACAGCUACACUGGGCAUUGCCACCCCAAAACCACAGAGAGGAAUGACCGCCUGGACUGGCUGUGGGGACAGUCUACUGCCCUCUAUCCCAGCAUCUACCUGCCCUACCAGCUGGCUGGGUCCAGUAAUGCUGCCCUCAUGGUCCGAUUCCGGGUCCUGGAGGCUCUAAGGGUGGCGGCAAAGUACCCCUCUUCUGUAAAUGCCACUCCUGUACUGCCCUACGCAAGAGUGGCGUUUGCACACACACUUCACUUUCUUAACAAGAUGGACCUGGAGCACACCCUGGGGGAGAGCGCAGCUUUGGGGACUGCUGGAGUGGUACUGUGGGGGGAGUUGCAGUUUGCCAAAUCCAAGCACCAGUGCAAGAUACUGCAUGACUACGUGGGCUCUGUCCUUGGAAAAUACGUAAGGACCCUGAAGAGAGGAGUGCAGCAAUGCAGCCAUAGGCUGUGCAGCGGGAACGGGCGAUGUGCCCGCAGGAACCCCGACUCCGGACACAUGAUGCAUUCGUUUUCCUCCCCUGAGCCCCAUCGCAUCCAUGACUCCACCUUCAGCUCCGCCCAGCUACGCUCUGCAUUCCACUGCUUGUGUUAUCAGGGCUGGACUGGAGAGCUUUGCCAGGACAAGAUACUUUGAAAAAAAGAAAUUGUUGAAAUGAUGUCCUUGUAAGGAUUCUUCUAAAAUGGUUUAGAACAAUGGUUAUUGUAAAGACAGAAUAGGGAAUUGUUCUAUGUGAGAAAUUGUCAUGGGCAGCCACCAUGGCUGUGCAUUUUGGAACUGAUCAUGGCUGACCCGAUAACUAACAAACAUAGCUUGGGGAAACCUGACUCUCCUUACAAAGUUAAACCUGACUCAAACAUCAGCAAAGUGAAAAUAACAAAACUUACCAAUUUUACAUUUCCAUUUAUUUGUGCAAAUCACAGCCAUUGCUUAUGAAAACCGUGUUACAACACAUUAUGGUCCUACUGUUUGGUAUAAAUUACAGUUUUAGUGCUUUUUAAAACAGUUUAUCUGACAAUCUGGUACCAGGUUCAGUUUACCAAAAAGGUGCUCUGAAUAUGUGCUUUGAAUGAAAUGAUUAAAGUACAAUCUACAAAGAAUAAUA